UACAUGCGGUUUUAAGCGUGUCGACCUCUGUGCCAAACACCGGGUACAGACCUAAACCGUGAAUUAGGCACAAGUAUGUCAUUUAUAUAAAUGUUAUAUAACCGCGGUUUGUUGUUGCGUCGCGUGAUGGUAACUGCCGUUCAAUUUUGUUCAUGAUUCUAAACUUUCCGUGGUGUCAUUUGUGACAAACAGGACGAUUCAAACGUGGGUUGCAAUCUGUCAACAAACGUCAUUAGGUGACAAGCACAUUUUACUUGUCAAGCGUCUCGUACAAAGUGAUUUGCUAAAGCUUUUUUAUAAUGAAUGUUAUCAGCGAAAUUGAAUGAGCGCACACUGUUCUAGAAAUUAAAACGCUGUUUACAUGGUGUAAAUUCACAAUUCAAAGUUCUUUUUCACUUCGUUCGAUGUCUGUUGGGUUGCAGUUUGGUGGUUCGCUCCUCACGCAUAGACUGUUACAGAUAUGCGUUAACCGCAUUGGCCAGCAGAGGUACAGAAAACUCCACCUCACAAGUAAAUUCCCUACUCACAGACCGUACACAAGGCAUUUCGGGACUAGUCCUAAGGAUAAGGGGGAGAAUGGGAGUGAAUCAACAACGACUCCGGACCCCAUGCAGACAAUGGGUAAAAGAGAGUCUUUGUUUGGUAAAAGGCGACCACUGUCGCCCCUGGAGAGGAUUAGCCGCCUAUUUCCCCAGGAUUCCCUUGCCCCAGAGGUGCUGCAAUUAAGAGAUGAGGAGAACCCGAAAGUGGAACAGCGGGAACCUGAAGGGGUUGAAAAUGAUAACCGCUCUUCAGCAGCCCCUGUGAUGGAGAUUGAGUGCCCCAACUCAGAAUGUGAAGUUCAAAGUUCAGAGUUAGAGGCACACAUAAUACAAGACACCAUCAUUGACAACAUAGUGCUUGAGCAAACUGGUGGUGCAUUUCUCAUGGACAUUUCUGGGCAAGAGAAGGAUUGCGUCGCUCUUAAGCCCCUUUUACCUGGGGAGCGUUCACUCAUGUUUGGGGAGCUGCUUCUAGCAGAGUACCGUAGGAAGGGUCGUGUGGAGUUUAGGAAGAUGUUCCAGCUGCAGGAAGGCCAACGUCUCCAGAGCAGUUGGGGCACCAUUGGACACAGCGACAUUGCGGGAUGCCAGGCAGGAGACAUCUUACAGACCAUUCACGGGACACCCAUCCUUAUACGACGCCCCAACCUGGAAGAAUAUGUGCUGUUUAUGAAGAGGGGUCCAGCCAUUGCCUAUCCUAAGGAUGCCAGUAUGAUGCUGAUGUUGAUGGACGUCACAGAGGGAGACAGUGUGUUGGAGGCAGGCUCUGGGUCGGGGGCCAUGUCGCUUUUCCUGUCUCGAGCUGUGGGCUCCAAAGGCAGAGUUAUGAGUGUGGAGAUUAGAGAAGACCACCACAGACGUGCUGUGCUUAACUACAACCGCUGGCGUUCCUCCUGGAGCCUCCGCCGAGGUGAGGAGUGGCCCGAUAAUGUCUGCUUUUACAACGCAGACCUGCAGGGGGCCACCUCGUUGCUCGCCGGCCAAGGCUUUCACUCUAUUGCUCUGGAUAUGAUCCACCCUCAUUUGGCUUUGCCCACUGUGACUCCACAUCUCCAUCCCGGAGCAGUAUGUGCCAUCUACCUUGCCAAUAUAACACAGGUCAUCGAUCUACUGGAGGGUCUCCGAUGCGCAGCCCUCCCCCUGCUGUGUGAACGCAUCAUCGAGGUGCCACUCAGGGAUUGGCUGUUGGCCGCAGCAGUCCAGAAAGAUGGCCAGUUCUGCCGCAGGAAAGCUCCUCCCUCAGCAAGAAGCCAGGAGGAAGAUGAAGAAAAAGAAUCCAUCAUCAGUCCAGUACCUGCAGCAUUUGGGAGUGUUCCUUACAUUGCUCGACCUCACCCAGAACAAGUUAGCCACACAGCUUUCCUGGUGAAACUGAGGAAGUAUCAGAGGCAGCCCUUUUCACAUCAUGAAAAUAAUAAUCACAAAGAGAGCAACUGAGAGACUGAAUGUUUUGUUAAUGUAUCAAUAAAUGUAAAUUCACUUCAAACCGCAUAGGAAAAUGGAUUGGUUUAGUCCUGAAGGUCUGACAGUUCAGGUAUGGUAA